ACAGUCCCAACAUUCAUUCACUAAAACUUAAAGAAAUAUUAAAAAAAAAACAUAUCACAUACAUAACUUUUUUGCUGUAAAGGCAUCUCUUCAUAUAUAUGUCACAUUUAACCAACAUGCCGGAAAUCGACUCAAAAUCCGGUUACAACAAAUCAAACUCUACCUUUUAUAGCAAACGAAAACCCCCACCGUUGCCCUCGAACGAAACGCUCGACGUCACAACCUUUAUAUCAGCGCGUGCACACCACGGCAAGGUUGCAUACAUUGACGCAUCGACAGGGCAACGUCUCACUUUUUCAGAUGUAUGGAAAGCCGUUGAAUCGGUUUCCUCAUCGCUAUCUGAGUUAGGUAUUCGUAAAGGCGACGUCGUUUUGUUACUUUCGCCAAACUCGAUCUUUUUCCCGAUCGUUUGUCUAUCCGUGAUGUCUAUAGGUGCUAUUAUCACAACCACUAAUCCUUUAAACUUGAAUACCGAAAUCAAUAAACAAAUCAAAGAUUCAAAACCAAAACUGGCAUUUACAACCCUUGAGCUUUUUUCAAAGCUCAGGGAUUCUAAUUUGCCAGUGGUGUUAAUAACACCUAAUGAGAAAUUCCUCGACACCACGACCACCAAAGUUGUGACAACUUUGGAGGAAAUGAUGUCGAGGAAACCGAAAAAUAAAAUAACUAAAGAGAGAGUAACACAAGACGAUACUGCCACACUUUUGUACUCCUCCGGUACUACUGGAGCGAGUAAAGGUGUGAUCUCGUCCCAUCGCAAUUUAAUUGCGAUGGUACAAACUGUUAUUGGGAGAUUUAAUUUAGAAGUACAACAACAACAAACUUUUUUAUGCACUGUCCCUAUGUUUCACAUAUAUGGACUAGUUGCAUUUGCGACAGGACUAAUAGCCUCCGGGGCUACUAUUGUAGUCCUGUCAAAAUUUGAAAUGCAUGAAAUGUUGUCCUCUAUUGGGACAUAUAAUGUAAGUUAUUUACCGCUAGUGCCACCGAUACUGGUGGCACUGGUUAAUAACGCUGAACAAAUAAGAGCUAAAUACGAUUUAACAAGUUUGAAAUGGGUGUUAUCUGGCGGAGCACCUUUGAGUAAAGAGUUAACCGAAGGGUUUAUGGAAAAGUAUCCUGGAGUUACUAUUAUGCAAGGGUAUGGGUUGACAGAAUCUACUGGAAUCGGUGCAUCGACAGAUAAUAUAGAUGAGAGCCGAAGGUAUGGGACCGCGGGGAUGUUAUCGUCGAAUAUGGAAGCCAGAAUCGUUGAUCCGGAGACCGGAGAAGCGUUGCCGGUUAACCGGACCGGAGAACUUUGGCUCAAGGGUCCAACAAUUAUGAAAGGUUACUUUAGCAAUGCCGAAGCUACUGCCUCCACUCUAGACUCAACCGGAUGGUUAAGAACCGGUGACCUUUGCUACAUUGAUGAAGAUGGGUUCAUCUUCGUGGUCGAUAGAUUAAAAGAACUCAUCAAAUAUAAGGGUUACCAGGUUCCUCCAGCCGAACUUGAAGCAUUGUUACUAACCCACCCUGAAAUCGACGAUUGUGCUGUCAUCCCGUUUCCAGAUAAAGAUGUUGGGCAAUUUCCAAUGGCGUAUGUAGUGAGAAAAAAUGGAAGUAAUUUGUCCGAUAAGGAAAUUAUGGAUUUUGUUUCUAAACAGGUAGCGCCAUACAAGCGCAUUAGGCGUGUAGCCUUUAUUGGGUCAGUCCCAAAGAACCCCUCUGGAAAGAUUUUGAGGAAAGAUCUGAUCCAACUCGCAACCUCCAAACUAUAAACGAAAGAAGACGAUAUAUAUCGCUUCCCAGGACGAGCUUUCAUCUUUGUUGAGUAAAUAUACUGGAUUGGGUUAUUAUAUGGUUACAUGUUUAGAUAUUGUGAUAAAUAAUGCAUUUUUCUUUUAUGGUAGGAUCUUUUAUAUAUGUUCACACCACAAUUUUAUUAGGGAAUUUUUAUAUAUAAUACAUUAAAUAGUUGUAACUUACAAUAAAAUUCAGGAGGUUUGCUUUUAAUAUGAAUGAUAUAAUUUUUUUUUAUA